CCCGUCCACAUCUCCCCGUACGUCCCCACAACCGUCUCCUCGCCUCGCCCUCACUCACCGAAACACACCCACAUCCUCUGUUACCCGCGCUCACAGUCGCGAUGUCCGAGAAAGUCGACGCGCCCACGUCCUCCGACGCCUCCCUCGCCAAGGGCGGCGACCCGUCCCAGGGCCCGAAGGCGAUCAUCAAGAACGUCGACAUGUCCGAGGACAUGCAGCAGGAGGCCGUCGACGUCGCCCACGCCGCGCUCGAGAAGUACAACAUCGAGAAGGACAUCGCUGCCCAGAUCAAGAAGGAGUUCGACAAGCGCCACGGGCCCACCUGGCACGUCGUCGUCGGCAAGAACUUUGGCUCGUAUGUUACCCAUGAAACGAAGCACUUCAUCUACUUCUACAUCGGCACCCUCGCCAUCCUCAUCUGGAAGUCAUAGGACGCUCUCUUCGCUGGAGCGUCGCAGGAGGUCCGCAAAGUUGUACCAGGGGUUAGCAGGUCCGGGGCUCGCACGCCAAUACCACACACACACGCAUCAUCACCACCAAUCACCACCAUCGCGCGCGAUCACCCACCCCGUCCGUGUCGUAUAUGAACCGUCGUCGUGCGCUGUAUACAUCUUCU